GCUUCUCUAGUUCCGCCCAGCUCAUCUCUAUGGUGACUGUGAGUCCUGCCCUGCAGGUGGCGCUGCUCAUUUCCUGACCGCUCUUUCCUUUUUUAAUGACGUGUCCGGGUCUGUCUGGCCCCUCCUCUCUGUGUCUGUGAGUGUCAGCUCGUUUCCUUUAGCCGAGUGUCAGUCAGUGAGUGAUACCGAACAGGCGGCAGAACUAUGGUCAGUACCGGCAUCUCCCUGGCCCUCUCCUCCCUGGUGUCCCUCCUGCUAUUCGCUGGGAUGCAGAUGUACAACAAGCAACUGGCCUCAUCCGAGUGGCUCACUAUCCUGGGGGGACUGCUGGGCUCCGGCAUCUUCUUCUUCUCCCUCAUUGCGUUCAGUAACCUGGAGAACAUGGUGUUUGGGAAGGGCUUCCAGGCCAAGAUCUUCCCUGAAGUGGCCGUGUGUCUGUUUGUCGCUCUCUUCGCCUCGGGACUGGUGCACAGGGUGUGUGUGACGACUUGCUUCAUCUUCUCACUGGUGGAUCUGUAUUACGUGAAUAAGAUCUCGUCGGGUCUGUAUCAGAGCUCCCAGCCGACGGUCACCCCCGGGAAGGUGCCAGGAAAGGGCAAGAAGAGAAGCUGAUUGUUAGGUGCAACCCCCUGUACAUUCCAUUGUGCCAAAAUAAAGUCCCCCCGUCUUUAUAA